AUGUCCGAAACGGCACAUAAGUUAUCAGCGAAAAAUAAACGUCAGAAGAAAAGGAUUGUCUAUGUCGAUGAAAAUGCUCCAAAACGACCUCGUACCGCUUAUGUUCAUUUUGUUAAUGCACGCAGAAAAGAAUUAGCAGAGUCUGGUAGCCAUGAAGCGCUGCGUCAGCGUAGUUUUCUUGCUGAUAUUGGAAAGCAAUGGAAAGUUUUACCGGAUGAUCAAAAAAAGUUCUAUGUUGACAAAUCAGCUAAGGAACAUGCGGAAUAUGAGAAAGCUAUGGAAGAAUACAAAAAAACAGAAGCUUAUAAUCAGUUCAAAGUUAAAAAAGAAGGAUUGAUGAAGCAAAGGAUGUUGGAAUUGAAGAAGCGCAAAAGCGAUGUGAAAUCCGAUGAUGAUGAGGAAGAAGACAAAAAUGAAGCAGUUGUUGCGGGUGACAUUCCAAUAUUCAGCAAGGAAUUUCUUGCAUACAAUAAAAACCAGGAAAGUAAAUGCAAAAAGUUGAGGAAAAUGGUGAGUGCUCUACAAGAAGAAAAAGAUCUCCUCAAAGCUGACAUUGCAAAACUGUCAGAGAGGAUGAAAUUAGUACAUGGACAUCAAUCUGGAACAUCGCACUGGUCUACGAAAAUAAAACAGCGAUGGACAAAACUUUUGGUUGACGCUCUAGCAUAUGUUUCUGUUGAUGGAGAAUAUCCAACCUCGCAGAAUAUUGAUACUUACAUGGAGAAAUUAAAGCAAUUAGUUACCGAGAACCCGGGUAGCAAAGAUUUGAUUGCUGUGCGAAUGGCUUUGUCGGAAGUGAAUUUUACAUGA